UUGACAGUUAUGUAGCCACUGAUCAGAGUCGAUGUUUUGUAACCUUACCCUGCACUUACACCAAACAACAAUGCAAAUAUUAAUUUAUUAUUAAUUAUUUAUAGGUUUAUUAAAUUUAUAAUAAAAUGGCUUUAAGUAUAACACAAUGUGAUACCUUAUUAAACUUACUUGGUGAGAAUAAUGUUAAAACACAAACAUUAGAGGCACUGGCUAAUGAUUUACAUAAAAAAUUCGAAAGCACCGACUAUUUUAAAGUGGGCUCUUGUUUGAUUAUGUUAUUACAACAGGACUUGUUAGAGGAACCCGAACAAAGGCUUGUUGCCGUUACUUUGUUACAUGAACUGUAUCGUGGAGAAUCCAUAGAAAAUACUCCGUUUGCUAAGGUUUUCAUCCACAUUUUGCAUCCACCAGAGCAACAAAGUACCGUUGGGACUCCGAAGUUAGAGUAUCCAGGUCAGUUGCCGAAAUUUUCAGCGCCAGAAAAGAAUUUCAUAGCUCAACUAAUAUCGGAUGUUCCAAAAGACGCGAUUUUAAAGAAAACUGCAACACAAAUUAUUAAUUCGGAUAUUGUGGGCCCGGCAAAUAUUGAUUUAUCAGCCAUUCAAUUGGCACUGGCCGAAAAGCAGUCGGAGCUAUCUCACAUAUGUCGAUCUGGAAUUCCAGCUGUUAUUGCUUAUCCUGAAAAGGUCACUAAUAGUUAUGCAAAUGAACCUGAUAAAAAAGAAGAGUUUGUACAGCAGAUAUUGACUUCUGAUAAUCUGUAUAGGGUGUAUAAACCAGAGUUUGUCACUUUGGCACCUCCAUUGCUAAACAGUAAGGAUGAGCCUGUGUGGUUCAAUGUAACAUCGCCUAAGGAACAUACGGUAGCUUAUGACAUUACAAUGUGUGUACCAAAUAUGGCGGGUCAAGAAGCGAGACAGUUAAUGACGAAAGCGUAUAAGGCAGCUCUGUCACUGCAGCAACAGCAACAACUACUGAAUGAACUGGAUAAUGAUUCCAAGCUGGUUUACCACAUUGGUUUAACUCCUUCCAAGCUUCCAGAAUUGGUCGAAAACAAUCCAUUGAUAGCAAUAGAAGUGUUACUAAAGUUAAUGCAGUCAAAACAAAUCACAGAAUACUUUAGUGUGCUGGUUAACAUGGAGAUGUCCUUGCACUCUAUGGAAGUAGUAAACAGACUUACAACAACUGUCGAUUUACCAACCGAAUUCGUACACCUAUACAUCUCAAAUUGUAUAUCGACAUGCGAAACAAUCAAAGAUCGUUAUAUGCAGAACAGGCUGGUAAGAUUAGUUUGUGUUUUUUUGCAGUCGUUGAUACGAAAUAAAAUUAUUAAUGUUCAGGAGUUGUUCAUUGAAGUUCAGGCGUUUUGUAUUGAAUUUAGUAGAAUACGUGAAGCGGCUGCGCUAUUUCGGCUAUUAAAGCAGUUGGAGUCUGGGGAAUUGGGAUUGAGUAUGUCACCGCCUCCUAGUAUGAAAGGGAAGUUGGAGAGCUAAUAUUCUCUUUUAAUUGUUGACAUUAUGAGGGAAAUAUACAUAGGUAUAUGUAUGGUACUGAAGCUUUUUGGUAUCUUGAACCGAACUAGAACUGUGGGCACUUAAUAAAAGAAUAUUUUUUCUA